AUGGCCUCGCCCCUCGGGGGCAAGCCGUCUACUCCACGGGUGGAGACUGCCCACUACAAGGAGACGUCGACAAUCCGCGUGGAGACCUCGUCCCAUCGCGUGGAGACAUCCUCUCUAGAGGUGCGAACGUCUUCCCGGCAGGUGGAGACCUCCCACUCCCCCUCUGGAAAGCAAUUUCCUCGUGUCCUUGAUGUUUCCUCCCAACACGUGGAAAGCUCCUCACAGCGCAAAGAAACGUCGUCCCGCCACGUCAGGAUCUCGUCUCUGCAAGUGGAGACAUCUCUGCAACGUGCAGAGAGCCCGCCAGGCGGGACAAGAAGGCCUCGUGCCAGAACGUAA